GUGCCGGUAUACAAAGGAGCUGCUGCACCGCUUGUUGCAAGAACGGAAAAAAAUGAACAAGCGUCAGAUUUCUUCGGCCGUGACGGUAUCGGUGAUCAGCCGCAUGCAUUUCCGGAGAUAGUCGCAACGGACGCGUUAUCUUUCGUGCCAGACAAACCAGCGGCUGUUGCACUUAUUGAACUUUUUAGGAAGACUCUCGACGUUACACUGAUUUGCAUUGGCCUUCUGACUAAUAUUGCACUGGCGCUCCAACUCGACCCAGCUUUCGCGAAAAUGCCGAGAGAAGUGGUAAUCAUGGGCGGUAACCUACACGGUACGUUUUUGAUAAAUAAUAGCCUUAUAAUUUGCUGGGAAACACCUUCACUUACCCUCCCUCUUAUCUCAACCAUUGCAAUUUUGUGA